AUGGAUACAGGAUUGCCGGCAAGCUGGAGCAUCAGGCUCAGCAAAACUCACAACGAGCCCUACUUCUUAAACCUCGCCACACGGGAACUGUCCUGGGAGCCGCCCUAUGGAAGCGACGUGGACAAGGUUUCAUCCUAUAUAGCUAAAUACAAAGAAAACGGCAACAAGCCCGUGGUGGCUGCCGACGGCAAGGUACGUGCGCUGCACUUGCUAGUGAAAAACGACACAUCCAGAAGACCCAAGUCUUGGAAAAGCCCGGAGGGCGUGACCCGCACACGUGACGAGGCCAUUGCCAUGUUGAGGGGGUUCCAGAAACGCAUCUUGAAUGGCGAAAUCAGCCUUGCGGACUUGGCCCGCUCAGAGAGCGACUGCUCCUCGCAUGAAAAGGGCGGGGACUUGGGUUUUUUCGCCAAGGGCCAGAUGCAGCCGCCUUUUGAGGAGGCCGCUUUUGCGUUGAAUGUGGGCGAGUACAGCGACAUCAUCGAGACCGAUAGCGGUGUGCACUUGAUCCAGAGAACGGGGUGA